UAAGUGUCGUCGCUAGAGGGCGCUGUGGCUUAGCCUAACACAGCGGAGGCUUUUACAUCCGGGCGGCUCUCCGCUGUUCCUCCCUUCCCUGCGCUUUCCACCGGGGAGGCUGCUAAACUCCCAUAUCCCCGGGCCUUGGUCGGGCGUCUAGCACCCGGUUGUCAAGGGGCUGCUCCUCAGCAAAACCGGCCGCACAUGACGCGGGUUCCGCAGGUGGUGGAGCUCGGAGCCGAGCGCUCCCCGUCGGUCGGUGCGACAUCUCCGCACUGAAGCAGCAUCGCUGGCUAAACGUGAGCUAACAACAUCGAUCUCUGCGCUGCUCCACCCCCCUCUGCCUCCGGUCGACCCCGCUACCGAUCUGUCACAUCGAGCGUUGAUUGAUUAGCUAACGCUCUGGAGCACCGAGGGCAUCCCGCCUACCCGCCGUUCUGGUGCAGGAAUCCCGGCUGUGUGCUCUUGGAUCCGGGGCCGAACACAGACUUACGUUAGACCUCUUCAACGUAUAGAUUUUACUCUUUCUACCUCAACACCUCGGUGCACCCGUGUCCUAUUUUUUGACUUUUUCAUUUCCCCUCGAGCUCCACCGACUCCGCUGCCACCCUACAACCCGACCGAGGAGGAGCCCUGCCCGGCGUGCUUUUCCUGCAGCCUCCCGCUGCGGGCAUCUCUGGUUCUCAUCCCCUUGGAGAAACCUCCCUUUCUUCUCUUUGCUCGCCAGCCUGCCGGUUUGCUCCACUUUACACCCACACGCAGCUGCUCGCCGCUCCUUAUCUGCCACAGCCUCCCUCGAGUUGGACGUUCACGCCCGCCCCACGGCGCCCGAGCCACGGGUCUCGCCAUGCCGGGUCCGGUGGCCGGCAGCAAGUCCCGUGUGUACGCAGACGUCAACACGCUGAAGAGCCGGGAGUACUGGGACUACGAGGCCCACGUUCCUAACUGGAACAACCAAGAGGACUACCAGCUGGUCCGAAAGCUGGGCAGAGGGAAGUACAGCGAAGUGUUUGAGGCCAUCAACAUCACCAACAAUGAGAAGGUGGUGGUGAAGAUCCUGAAGCCUGUCAAAAAGAAGAAGAUCAAGCGAGAAAUCAAGAUCCUAGAAAACCUGCGUGGAGGGACCAACAUAAUCCGGCUUGUGGACACAGUCAAAGACCCGGUGUCCAGAACUCCAGCGCUCGUCUUUGAAUGCAUCAAUAACACCGACUUUAAGGAGUUGUACCAGAAGCUGACAGAUUAUGACAUCCGUUUCUACAUGUAUGAACUACUGAAGGCUCUGGACUACUGCCACAGCAUGGGAAUAAUGCACCGUGAUGUCAAACCGCACAACGUGAUGAUCGACCACCAGUUAAGAAAGCUCCGUCUGAUCGACUGGGGUUUGGCAGAGUUCUACCAUCCCUCCCAGGAGUACAACGUCAGAGUGGCGUCGCGAUACUUUAAAGGCCCUGAGCUGCUGGUGGACUACCAGAUGUACGACUACAGUCUGGACAUGUGGAGUCUCGGCUGCAUGCUGGCCAGUAUGAUCUUUCAGAAGGAGCCAUUUUUUCACGGACAGGACAACUACGAUCAGCUGGUCCGGAUCGCCAAAGUUCUGGGGACGGACGAGCUGUUCGGGUACCUGCGUAAAUACCACAUCGAACUGGACCCGCGCUUCAAAGACCUGCUGGGACAGCAGAGCAGGAAGCGCUGGGAACAGUUCGUUCAGACAGAAAACCAGCACUUGGUGAGUCCUGAAGUACUGGACCUGCUGGACAAGUUGCUACGAUACGACCACCAACAGAGACUGACGGCUACGGAGGCCAUGGAGCACCCGUACUUCUAUCCGGUCGUGAAGGAGCAGGCUCUGUCUAACUCUGACAACAACAUGGUUACCAGCGGCAACCCUACAGCACGAUGAAAGACGUGGGAGGAAGAAGGAUGUUUGUUACCUCAACUUUGUACCUGCUCGUGACAGAAACUCUGAUACGUGUACAGAGACGGAGGAUCAAAGUGACUCGGACCAGUUAAACACUCAGAUAUGUUCAUACAGACAUGUCAACACACACUCGCGCACACACACACUCCUCUGUGUCAGUCUGUGAUUGGCUCAUCCUGGUUUCCUGUCCAGCAGUCUGACCAGUGAGUUUAAAGCUGCCCCCCCUCCUCCCAGCCCUCCCAGGUGUGUCUCAUGUAGGACUUUUAAAGACAUCCUCCCUGUACUCCUUUUCUAUGUCCUCCUCUUUCGACCGCAUCAGCAUGGAGAAUGAACAGGAGUGUGAGCCUGUCCCCCUCCCUCCUUCAGGUUUGACUGUCCCGCUCGUCUUUCUGCGCUCCUUCUUCUUUCCCGUCGUCCUCCCUAACAGACAGCAGGCGUCUCAGCACUACUUCAGAUCUGAUGGCAUGGUGGACUCUAGAUAGAAUGAUAAAUAUAUUAUUGACAAAUAAAUGAUUUUUAUUUAGAUCAA